AUGGUGUUGUGCCAACAAAAUCGUAUGGAUCCUCUUCUUGCUCAAAAUGUUCAAGGAUUGGAGAUAGGGCAUUGGAUGAAACCUUUGGCUAACAUGAUUAAGGUAAAUGUUGACGGGGCUAUAUUUGAAGCAGCUGGUUGUUUUGGCUUUGGGUUUAUGGUAAGAGAUUCUGCUGGACAAAUUGUAGAAGUUGUCUCCAAGUGUCGUCCUGGCCAUGUUUCAUCUGAAAUUUUUGAAGCAAGUGGGAUUAAAGAGGCCCUAAGUUGUAUUAAGAGAAAAGGAUGGGAGGUUGUUACGCUCGAAACGGACUGCCUAGUGGCAGUUCAAGCAGUUAAAAGCAAUAUUCUAAUGCCUUCUGCAUUCGGGUUGCUGGUGUGGAAGUGCAGAAAUCUCCUACUUGAGUUGACUAAUGUCAAUUUUAAUUUUGUCAAACGUUCUGCUAACAAGGUAGCACAUUUUCUCCAGUGUAGUGCUUGUUAUCUGUUAGAUUGUGUUUUUUAUUUUAACGACCCCCCGUCAGAGUUGUUAGACGUUGUAUUGGCUGAAUCUUCAUUUUAA